UAUAUAUAUAAAGUAAUUUCGUUUGAAUAAUUCAUUUCUUAUUUGUAAUUAGUCUGCACAAUUUAACCCAUAGAACAAUAAAAAGAAACAAAUCGCAGUACACUUAAUUAUAAAUUUUGAAAAAAAAAUUGAACAAGGAUAAUAACAUAAAUCUCUUCAAAUUACUUACUAAUUAAACAUUAUGAAAAUAUAUAAAUUCGAUAAUAAAAUGAUUAUUGAACAAUUAUUUUAUUGUCUACUUGUCUUCAUCACUUUCAGUAGUAUCGUCAAUGCUAUACCUGUGCAUGAACUAAAUUAUGUGAACCAUAAAACAAACGAACCCAUAUUUGGAAGGCGAUACGAAGGACGGUAUCCCACAGAUGGUAAUUCAAGAUUCAUGGAAUCAGAAUACUCAAACUUUUAUCCAAUGGCAUUCAAGCGUACUCUCUUUAAUCCUAUUUUAUUCAAACGUAAUUUUGAUCCAAUUCUGUUUAAACGUUCAUACUUUGAUCCAAUUAUUUAUAAACGUUCAUACUUUGAUCCUAUAUUAUUUAAACGUAAUGAGGAUCGUCAGUUUGAAAAACGUGAACAUUUUGAUCCGAUAAUUUAUUAGAUCAUUGAAUAAAAAACUAUUUAUUAAAUAGACGCACAAUGUAAUCAAUGAAAAAUGUGUUGAAAAAAUAUAAAAUACUUCUGAAGAUCGGGUUUAAAAAGUUGAACUAUUUUGUUUUAAUUGUUUACUGUAAUGUUAUAAAAAAUGUACUUACACGAACAAGAAGUUUGAUAAGCAAACAAUAUCAAGUGAAUCUAAGAAGUUUGAUAGUUGAGAUUAGAGGAUAGAGUACACGAACUUCACUUGAAAAUUUUCAAAAGGGAGUUCUCGAAAUUUAUCCUCACGCUUCAUGUAACCACAGGAAUUCCUCUUGAACUUAAUUACAAUCACCUGACAACCCUCGAAAACUGGGGCACUGUUCCAGCAGAAGUCUAUGGUAAGUAUAACAUGAUGAUAAGAAGAUUAUCACACCCAAACAAAUUGGUGUUUGUCCUCUUAAUUUCGGGUUUCAAAAGUUCAAAUCAGGUAACUUCACUGGCUUACUCUACAGUUAGCGGAUAAAAGGAAAACUAACUUUUCCAUGUUAUGAUUACCUUCACAAGCACCUGUUUCGUUAUUAAUUCUGAUACCACACAAUUAUAACCAAAGAUUUGUAAUCAAAUCAUCCUACUAAAUAUUUU